GGUAUCCGCAACUCUCUUGAGCGAAUUCAACAGGAUAACUUUGUUGUUGCUUUCAAAUUUAAAAUUUUAGACAAACGGUCGCCCCAAAGAUGCUGAUCAGAGAAGUGACUAAUCGAAUAUGGCUAUUGUGAAUUAUUUUAUUAAGAAUAAGCAUUUCAGGAUAAAAUCCCUGACAAAUUGAAAAGCCUUUCUAAAAUAGAUUCUUCAUUCCAAGUUUUGCAUUGAAAAUUAACUGAAAUUUCGAGCUGUAUUUUGUGGUGCAUCAGUAUUAUUAUAUUAUUUACAAAUGUACUUUAUCCGUUAGGUUUCAAAUAUAAAGUUUUUAAUCAAUCGACAUUACCAAUCUUCUUAAUUAUGUCGCGGGAGAAAUUAAUAAAGGAAAUAUUUUCCGCCGCAGCCAGCGCAUCAACUAGAGACACCGUAUUGCCAUUGAAUAGCUUACAAAAAUUUGCUGCAACUAAAAAACGAUGCCUUUCGUCACAAACGACAGUAAAAUCUUCAGAUGCAAGCAUGUCACAAGAAAUUGCACCUAAGAUAUGUGACUCGAAAACGCCAGACAUAAGCCAAACAUUUUGGAAUCGUUUUUAUAAAUUAGAAUGUCAGCUCAACGUUGAUUUGCAAAAUAUUGAAACACCUUCUAAUAUAACACAUGUUUACAAUCCUUUGGAUUAUGCCACAAAUUUACACUGUGCAUACUUGGAAAAAUUCUUAGACGGGCCAAAGAAAGUUAUUUUCGUGGGCAUGAAUCCUGGCCCGAAUGGAAUGGGCCAAACUGGGGUACCUUUUGGAAACGUCUUAACUGUACGUAAUGAAAUGGGUUUGUCUGGCUCGGUUCGUCAACCGCCUUCGGUACAUGUAAAGCGCCCCAUUUAUGGUUUGGAGUGUACUAUAGAAGAACCAAGUGGCGUGAGAAUAUGGGGUUUAUUAAAAAAACUGGCGGGUGGAUCUUUGACGACUUUUGGCAAAAAUUGCUUUGUGCAUAAUUUUUGUCCGUUAAUUUUUUACGAUAAGGCCGGAAGAAAUAUCACACCCAGUGAAUUGAAGGGUGAUUAUAAAGCAAUUAUUGGAAAGUUAUGUUUAGACGCACUUGAUAAGGAGUUGGAUUUAUUGCAGCCGGAGAUAUUAGUGCCGGUAGGAGAGUAUAUAAAUGGAAUAAUUAAACGUUCUCGACAUGUAAAUUCUCUUAAGAUUUAUAAACUCCAUCAUCCUAGUCCUCGUUCAUUGAAUAAUCAGAAUUGGCCUGAAAAGGCCGAACAACUGCUACACAAAUUUGAUCUUGUUAAGUAUAUUAGCAAUGAAGUUUAGUACAUACAUAUGUACAUAUAAGUAUAAUCUUUAUUUCUGGUAUAAUCUAUAAGCAAUGUGAAUUUCUUAAGUUAAUUUUUAUCCAGUGAAAAUGUAUUAUUUUGGUAAAGAAAGUUAUAAAAUCUAUUUUUUUGUUUCAGAAAAUUUAUGUAUGAAUUUAUUCCAUUUUUUGAUGGAAGUCAAAUGUAUUAUUUUAUAAAAAAUGUAUAUAAUCGAAUAGAUUUCUGAUUUCUUUUUAUGAAAGUGAAAUGUAUUGUAUUAUAAAUGAAUAUUUAAUUAGUCUCAUGUACCUCCUAUUUCUCCUAUAUAUACAUAAAUAAAAAUGCUUGGCAUACAUUUU